AUGGCGACAACAGCUCCCUCGGUUGCGCUUACCCCGCUUGUCUGCAUUAUCGACUUCCAUCACGCGAGGGGUCCAGAGGUUGAGGCUUGGAUCGGCCUCGAGGAUGGCGAGGAUCCAGCUGUGGAGCAUGACUGGCCACUGCUGCCUUUCAUGGCUUUGAGUGACGGUGCGCAUGCCUCUACAGAAGAUUAUUCCUAUUUUACCCUCCGCCGUUCGGCGACGCCCUCCUAUCCCGCGACGAGUCUGUUCGGUAUAUCAUGCACGCGACAGCUACCAGCGAGCGAACUGAUCGAUCGACCCGCCGACGUCACAAGAAGCACAGUACAAAAGGCUGUGGUGGUGGUAACAGACAGCCCACAGCACUUUGGGGCGAUCAAGGCUCAGCUUGGUGUUGUCACAGCAGCAUGGUUUGCGCAGAGAGACUUCACAGACAUCGAUAUACUACAAAGGUUCCACGAAAGUCUGCCACGACUGCUGGAAAACCAGGAGGGCCAGGCCGAACACUACUUCGGCAUAUCACUCCGCGAGUUCAUACACGAGUUCAAAUGGCAAACUCUUGUUCUGUUCAAGUGCGCUUUGCUUCAACCCAAGGUUCUCUUCUUUGGUUCUCAUUGUGAACGACUGUGUAUGAUGCAAUUUGCCCUGAUUUCUUUGAUACCCGGCCUCAUGCGCCACCUCCAGGACUCCGCAGACCCCAAAUUUAACUCGAGUGAAGGGAAGAUUGUUAUGCCCACAAGUCUCAAAACGUCUGAGCGUUCAUCCUUACUUGCAUAUAUGGGCCUUCCUCUUCAAUUGUUCGGAACAGGCUCACUCUUCGGCCCCUACACACCGCUGCAACAGCUUGACAUGCUCGCCGAUGCAAACACAAAGUCGUACAUUGUUGGCUCGACAAACUCGUUGUUGCUGCAACAGAAAGAUCGCUACAGCGAUAUACUAAUCAAUCUCGACGACCAUACUGUGAAUAUCACCUCGACCUCACUACGCCAAGCCUCCAUUCUCUCAACACCGGACAGGAGAUGGAUAGACUUCUUGACUCAAACGGUCAACGACUCCUGGGAUGAGUCAGAUCCUGCUCGACCCAAGGAUCAUGGGUACACCGGCAGUGAAGAGUUCAUCCGGAUGCAGUUUGAAGAGUACCUACUCGCCAUGCUCAGCUCGGUCAAAUACAAGCUCUACGUGGAAAAGCAUCCUAGCCAUGAACCUCUCAUGCCUGAGGUGCAUGGUGAUCCAGCUAGUGAAUUCUCAAACGAUUGGGUUCACGCAUGGAUGCAAACCGAGAACUUUCGGAUAUGGAGCAAAUUCACAGAUUCACAUCUUUUCGACAUCGUCGACCCCAAGCAUCCUUGUUCAGGAGGCCUAUCCAUCGAGGACGUUCAAAGAAGACUAGCAGCGCAAGUAGCAGAGCUACAUCUCGACGAACGACUGGAGAAGUCGAGAGAAGUCAUCGGGAAGAAUGUUGCCGCAGGGCAAGCGAAGGUCUCGACAGCAUACAACAAGCUGUGGGCUGACAUGGAGGCCAUGCGCAAAGCUCAGAAGGAGCGGCAAGAAGAACAAAGGGCUGCGGCUGAGCAGUUGCGGCUUGAACAAGAGAAGGAAGGCAAGCUUCCCCCAGAGGCAGGGAAAUGGAAAUCCCAAGCACCAGACCUCACCAACGCCCGUGCUAGUGCUGGAGCCUACUUCUCUUCCUGGGGCUCAUGGGCAAGCGAAAAGCGUAAAGGUUGGGGCAACAGAAGCACGUCCGCAACGCAAACACCCGUCGCUUCGCCGCCCCCCAGCGCUAGCCCGCUGCCUGGCGAUCUAAAGAGAGCUGAGGAAUUCAAAAGGGAUAAGGGCGCAAGUCUGGACGGCUCCACCCUACACAGCUCAGGUGCGAGCUCAGGCCACAAGAGAAUAGCAAGCUAUGAUGAGACCACGGAUGGCGAGAAAAGAAACAGCAGUGGAGUAUUCUUUGACGCCGAGAUAGCGGAGAAGGAGAGGAAUGCCUGGCGGACAGAUUAA